AUGGCUUGUGUUGAGAAUAUUCCACCGCACCACGCGGAUUCUGAGAUGGAAGAAGGGGAAAUCGUGGAUGAUUUAUCAGAUAUAUCUUCUGAAGAAGAGUACCUGUUGCGUCAGAGACUGCAAGUGCUAGAAACUUACAACAAUGUCCUUGAGCGUAAGAAAGCAAAACGCUUGUCUACAGGACCAGGAAAAAAACAUGGUACAAAACAUAAAAGGGAAGAUACGUUACAGUAUGAUUUAUCGGAAAUAUCGGCGACUGAACUAGAUGAUUAUUACUUUAAUGCACAAAAGAAACCAAUUAAAGUACAAAAACGCCAGAAAACGCAUCAUAGACAGAAGAAAAGAAAAUUAGAACCAAUUCUGCUUCCUGAAAAACCCAAGGAAGUUGUGAGAGAGUAUAAGAAAAAGACCCAUCAUGUCAAGAAGAAGAUACCACCUAAAGUUGUAAGUGAAUCUAGUGAAGAAUCUGAUGAUGAGUACAGAGCUAGUCGAAGAAAACUAGCCGAUGCUGUUGUAGUCAAUAAAGAUGCAAAAACUUCUUUAAGUGAAAGGCUUCAGCAAAUGCUUUGUGGAGUCAACCCCGAACCAAGAGCCAUAGUUACUGAUACGAAAAAUAAUGACAUUAGCAGUGUAUUAGAAAAUGCUGAAUCACCACUGUCCUCAAUGAAUACUGAUGAUCAUACAACGUUACAUUCUGAAGAUACAAAGGACACAGAAAAUAAAACAGACAAAUCUGUAAUAGACUUAUGUUCUGAUGAAGAUAGUAAGUCAAUGUCAAUUGAUUGUUCAAGAACUGUAGAUUCAGUUAUUACAGAGGUUGAAACUCAAGCUAAGUUGCGGAAGGAUUCUAAUUCAGGUAAAGAAUCUGAAGAAGAUCUAGAACUGCUUAGACAACAUGCUCUCAAAACUAAAAUUACUAAAACAAGUGCAGUUCUAAACGAUGUUCAAAUUGAAAACAAACUACUGUCUGAUGAUGAAGACAGUGAUACAGCAGAGUUAAGAUUGAUCUGUCUUAAGUCUGCUUUGCUUAAGAAGGCUAUUGAAAGAAAGCAGAAACAAAAGUUAAAGAAAAGACUUUCGCAGUCUUCUCACCUUGGAGACAAUCUUAUAAGCGAUAAUAACACUGAUAUAGAAUCAGUUGAUAUGGAUAUUGGAUCAGAUUCUGAAGAAAAGACUAAAGAAAACCCAGACGGUUGUGCCAAAGUCAAUAUUGUAGAUGAACAAAGUAAACCAAAUCUAAAUCCUGCAUUAUUUGAAAACAUUCCUUUACCUAGUCCACUUCCAGUAGUAGAUGAACUAGAAGAUGAUGAAGAUUUAUUACGAGCUAAGUUACUUACUUCUUUAAGUAAAAAUUUACCUAAUUUGGUAAGUCCCAAUGUAAUUGAGCCCAUAGAAAGCAUCAGAGAUACAAGACCAAUUUCUCUAAAACCACCUCAAGUAAAACCUGUUGUAGCUGCUGUUGUACCAAAAGAAAAGAGGUUCAUUAUAACUGUUGGCGCAUCAGAUUCAGAAGGAGAAGAUGAAGCUACUAAGAAUUUAACAAAGAUGCAUAUGAAAUUGGCAGAGCAAGCUGACUUCCAGCAGAGAUUAGAUAUGUUCUUGAAGAGUACGAGAAUGGAAGUGGAGAAAACAACACAAGUUCCUGAUGUUACACAGCAAUCUGUUCCACCGAAGAAAAACGAAAAGUUCGUUGCUAAGGCUGUAACCCACUUGCCAAAAUCAGAACAAAUCGAGUAUAGGAAUCUCGUGAAAAGAAUGGCAGAAUUAGAAAAGAUAAAACAAGCUAGGCAAGCUCCUGUUAGUUUAAGUCACAAAGUUCCUAUACAAGUAAAAGAUACACUAAAACCGAGAAAUGUAGCAACUGAUUCCUCUAAACUAUCUGCCAUAAAUGAUUUGGAAGAAAAAAUAAAAGCAUCAAGAAAACACAUCGCUGAAGAGUCAGCCAAGAUUUUAAAGUUGAAGGAAGAGGGAAUAAAAUUAUCCCAAAAAUACAAAAUUGUCGCUACAGAACUUCGCAACAUCAAAACCGCUAUCGCACUGAACAAGAAGCAGACGAGAUCUGUUCAAACUUGUUUAACAAAAAUUAGGUUACACCAUCAAAUGUUAUUGAAAAGCUCAACGACUUCUGUACAUUCCAAAAUUAAUGGCGGUCUGCCAUAUCAUAACGUAGCUACGAAAUUACAAAAAGAAAAUAAUCCAGCAAGCGAAGAGAACAAAACGCACAUAGUAAACAAUAAACUCGUUAGAGUAGUAGACAAUAACUUGUCAAAAGAAGAACCGAAGCAUGUAGUAGUACAAAAACCUGUAAAAGAUAACAGUUUGCGGAAAGAGGAACCAAAGAUUAAUAAAGUUAUUGCAAUUGAGAAAGUUCCAGAUAAAAAAGAACAAAAUCGAGAAUGUGUAGUUAAUAAAGUAGUAAAAGAAGCUCAUACGCCCGAAGAACCCAAAAAACUUGUAGCAAACAAUACUGCAAGAGUUGUAAAACCUCCGCCUUUAGUGAUUGUUCAUCCAAAAUUGUCCGUACGACUGGAUGUCACUAGUAAUAAAAAAGUUGUUAAAGUGGGAGAGGAUACAAAUGAUAAUAAUGCGGAACAUAAAGAUAGGAAUGAAAAUUUAUUGGAAAAUAGGCUGGUCGUCCAUCCAGUUGCGGAAGGUGGAGGGAAUAGCGAGAAGUCGGCGCUGGAUCGCAGAAGACACGGGAGCUAUGACUACAGAUCACCUUUAGACGCUUUUGGAAUUACAACUUGGCAGGGCGACCCGAACAAGAUCCUUUGUCCUUUCGAGGUGGGCGGCGACUGCAAGGAUCCUGACUGCAUAUACCAACACACCCCCUCCCGGUCCACCUGA